AUGGCCAUGAUGGAGGAUUGCUCAUCAGAGGAGCUGGAAGCUUUAGAGGGCGGUGUUCUCAAAGAGGUCAACUCAGUGAGCCAGCCCUUGCGAUGGGCCAAGCGGCUCACCGUGGCCCUCAUCGCGGUCGGCUCCUUGUGCGCCGUGGGCUACUUGGGUGUUCGACAGUCAGGUACGAUGGAACGCAUGUACGAUGAUGCAGUGACGGAGCUCUUUACUAUGCCAAAAGGUGCUGGUGUGAAUCUUGGAGGUUGGCUGGUGCUGGAAGAUUGGUUUUUCUCCGGCUCUUCUGGCAGUUUUGUGAUGUCCCAGAAGCAGGGUCAGGGCCAGUGCUUACCUCCUCGCUUGUCACAUGCCGAUGAGCCUUGGCCCUCGGAGGGUGUCCUGGCACACCACUUGAAUGCAACCAAAGGGCAGGAGGAAACUUUGAAGAUCUUUGAAGAGCACCGAAAGUAUUUCAUGACAGACUUUGACUUGGAUCAGAUCGCCCAGAACGGGAUCAGCACCAUUCGAUUGCCCUUGACGUGGGCGGCUUUUGCCGAUGCCUUAGCACCCCUUGAUGGCAUCUAUAGCUCCUACGACCCAGAGCGCGAGAGCACCUUGGUGCCGGAUCCCUUCUACCAUGACAAGGUCUCGCUGGUCACCAUCCCUCGCGAACUCUUGGCCAAGUUCUUGCGAAAAGCCGCAGAGAAAGACCUCAAGGUGAUAUUCGACUUGCAUUCCUUUCCAGGAGGCUCCCAGGAUGGCACCUACAAUAGCAUUUGGCCCAACAAGCCCGUCUUCUGGCGCGAGCACAGCAAGCUGAAUGCCUCCAGUCAUGUGCUGCUCAGCACCGUGGGCCGUUGGGUUGUGCAGGGACUCAUCUCCUGGGUGGAGCAAUUGGAUGAGAAGGCCAAGCAAGGCGUUCAAGGUUUGACGCUCAUGAACGAGCCGGCGCACACCAAUGCCUGGAGCCACUUCGCUCAGGAAGAAGACGUUUUGGCCUGGUUGGCCACAACGGCCGAGGAUUUCCGGAACUCCAAAUUGCCCAAGGAGGGGGUGAAGCUGUACGUGAACAUCAUUGAGACGGCCUUCUCCCAGUUUGAACACUCUGCAGUUCCAUGGUUUGACAAGACCUUCACGAAGAAAGAAAAAGAAACAUGGGCCGUGGCGGAUGUCCAUUGGUAUGUGGCAUGGAGCAAUGGCUAUUGCGAUGGCCGAACUGUGGAAGGCGGUGGCUUCAACUGUGCAUCACCUUUGUCCGAGGUACAGGGGAAGUUGCGCAGCUGCGCCGUGGGCGCCUCGCAGCGGCUGCGACGGCUGUUUGGGCCAACCGCGCAGGUGGCGGUCACGGAGUUCUCCGCCGGGACCUUUCACAUGGCGAGGUAUGCUUGCCACAACUCGGACCUGCUCCGGACCUUCGUUGCAGAAGAGGUGAAUGCAUUCCGAUCCGAUCAGAUUCAACCCUUCUUCUGGACAUGGAAGAUGCCAUUUGGCCCCAAUUUUGAGGCAGGUCAAGAGACGAGACCCGGCAGCGACCGCGGCGGAAAAGCCGAAGCGAUGUCCGUGGCGUGCGGGGAGCGGAUCGAUCCCGUUGGUCCAGCUGUUUCGGAGAGUGGGGAGUGUGAGACGAAGGGUGUCGUCGUGCCCUUUUGGGAGAGCGAGAUUAUAGGCUUCGGCCUAGCCUUCCUGGGUCAUGAGGUCUUGCUCACAGACAUCGGCGAGGAGCAAGCGGCUGCGACGCAGGGCAACAUCGCCCAAAACCAAGCGACCUUGAACGCCGUGGGUGGACGAGCUCAGUAUGGGCACUUGGAUUGGAGGACGCUGCCGGAACGGAGCCGCUAUGGUCGUUUCGACAUGGUACUGGGCAGCGAUGUGAUUUGGCAUGAGUCCUUGGUGGAGCCCUUCCUUCAGGCCGUGGCAUGGGCGACCAGUGGCCCCGGCGCAGAAGAAGUGAUCCUCUCGCACAAGGCACGCGAUCAAGAGUCCAUCGACCUCUUCCACAAGAUGUUGGGCCCACUGGGCUUGAGACUGGCCAAGGAGGUUCCAAGCGAAGAGGUCUUGGGGGAACAUGGACAUCCUGAUGUGAAGCUGUACCAUUUGCAACGCGCCACGACCACUCCGGGUGCCAAGUGA